UUAUUAUAUUGCAUAUUAUAAUUUAAUUUUGUUGCAUUUUCGUUACGUAAUGUUUGUUUUAUUUUUUAGAUGUAGUAAAGCGAAAGAAGCCAUUGUCUCCCUUCGCACAGAAUAUUACCUUCAAAAUGGACGUCGGCGGACAGAUCAAGACGGAGCCCCGAGAGUCGCCGAGCUACGUGCGCAGUCCGCCGCAGCAGGUCUACCCGGUCUACGACCAGCAGUGGGGUAUGGAGAUGCCGCAGCUGGGCGUGGCGGGGCCGAGCGCGGGGCUGGGCGCGGGGGCGCAGUACCCGGCGCAGGGCAUGACCUGGAUGGACCAGAACUACCUGCAGCCCGCGCCCCAGCUGCAGCCGCACUCGCCCGGCAUGCAGUCCCCGCACUCCCCCGCCAUCUCGCACCACCAGCUCAUGGGACACCACUCCCCGGGGAUGGGCCAGUUGUCCCCCGGCAUGGGACACAUAUCCCCAGCUAUGGGGCAUGUAUCCCCCGGUAUGGGACAUGUAUCCCCCGGUAUGGGACAUGUAUCCCCCGGUAUGGGACAUGUAUCCCCUGGUAUGGGACACGUGUCUCCUGGCAUGGGACACGUGUCCCCCGCUAUGGGUCAUGUCUCUCCCGGCAUGGGACAUGUGUCCCCGCAGCUGAAUCACGGCCAGGGGCAGUAUAUGCAGAACAUGGGUCAGCAGGCUCUAAUACAGGAGUUGGAGGCGACGUCAACGAGCACUCCCUCGCUGUCGAAGCUGCUGGGGCAGGGCGCGGGGGAGGGCGAGGAGCUGCGGCUCAGCUCCGACCUGUCCUUCCCCAUGUGCGGCGCGGACCUCAGCGACAGCCUGCGCGACCUCUCCACCAAGGACCUGCUCAGCAACGCCGAGUGGACGCCGCACGGGGGCGGGUAGCCACCCCGCACCUAGCACCCAGCACCCUGCACCCCACACCACACGGAACAGUGCAAGUGUCAGUGUAGUGCAUCACAAGUUAUUACUAAAUGUUACCAUGUGAACAGAGUUUUGUUAGUGUUUUAAAUUAAAUACAACAGAAGAAUGAAUAUUUCAUC